GCUGCGGCGCGCUGGCGGAAAAGUUUUCGUGACGGACUCUGACGGUGAUGGGCGCGGGGUGAGUGGAGGGCGCUGGAGACCGUAGGCUGUUUUGGAUUGCUUGUUGGAGCUGCAGGAGAAGGGGUCGGCAGCGGGGAACAACGCAGGGCCGACUCCCGGCCUUUCCGCCGCCGAGGUGGCCGCCCCGCGCCGUCUCUGCGGCGCCAGUUCCGGGGCACUGCCUUCGUCCUCCCUUCGCUCUGCCGCGCCAGAGCUCCGCACAAGCAUCACGAUGUCGGCCCCCUGCCCAGGCCCCCUUCGCCUCCUCUUCCCAUAAGAGACUUCCAGGUCUUAAAGAUUUUUGACUGAUUUUAAGUGUUUCUCUAUCUAUAGCUGUCUGUUUACAUUCUGACUGGGAACACUGGGAUCACUUUCAUCAUGCCUACAGUGGUGGUAAUGGACGUAUCCCUUUCCAUGACCCGACCUGUGUCUAUCGAGGGUUCCGAGGAAUAUCAGCGCAAGCACCUGGCAGCCCAUGGUUUGACAAUGCUGUUUGAACACAUGGCCACAAAUUACAAGCUUGAGUUUACAGCUCUGGUGGUUUUUUCAUCACUCUGGGAAUUGAUGGUUCCCUUCACAAGAGAUUAUAACACCCUACAGGAAGCACUAAGUAAUAUGGAUGAUUAUGAUAAAACCUGCUUGGAGUCUGCAUUAGUUGGUGUUUGCAAUAUCGUUCAGCAAGAAUGGGGUGGUGCAAUUCCUUGUCAGGUUGUUCUGGUGACAGAUGGCUGUCUUGGCAUUGGUAGAGGGUCACUGCGGCACUCCCUAGCUACUCACAGCCAACGCAGUGAGAGCAACAGGUUCCCACUGCCUUUUCCUUUCCCAUCUAAGUUAUACAUCAUGUGCAUGGCAAAUCUGGAGGAGCUUCAGAGCACUGAUUCCUUGGAUUGCCUCGAACGUCUUAUAGAUCUAAACAAUGGUGAAGGGCAGAUUUUUACUAUUGAUGGCCCCCUGUGCUUGAAAAAUGUACAGUCUAUGUUUGGAAAACUGAUAGAUCUGGCAUAUACACCUUUCCAUGCCGUUCUCAAGUGUGGCCACCUAACCGCUGAUGUGCAAGUCUUCCCCAGGCCAGAACCUUUUGUUGUAGACGAGGAAAUCGAUCCUAUCCCUAAAGUCAUUAACACAGAUUUGGAAAUAGUGGGAUUUAUUGAUAUAGCUGAUAUUUCAAGUCCCCCAGUUCUUUCCAGACAUCUGGUCCUACCUAUAGCACUUAACAAAGAAGGUGAUGAGGUGGGUACUGGUAUAACUGAUGACAACGAAGAUGAAAAUUCAGCCAAUCAGAUUGCAGGCAAAAUACCCAACUUUUGUGUCCUGCUCCAUGGCAGCCUAAAAGUGGAAGGAAUGGUGGCGAUAGUUCAAUUAGGUCCUGAAUGGCACGGAAUGCUCUACUCCCAAGCGGACAGCAAGAAGAAAUCCAACCUCAUGAUGUCUCUCUUUGAGCCUGGCCCAGAACCUCUCCCGUGGCUGGGGAAAAUGGCACAGUUGGGUCCUAUUUCAGAUGCUAAAGAAAACCCUUAUGGUGAGGAUGAUAAUAAGAGCCCAUUCCCCCUGCAGCCCAAAAACAAACGCAGUUAUGCCCAGAAUGUGACCGUGUGGAUCAAACCCAGUGGCCUGCAGACAGAUGUACAAAAGAUUUUAAGAAAUGCAAGGAAACUACCUGAAAAAACACAGACAUUCUAUAAGGAGCUGAACCGUUUACGAAAGGCUGCCUUGGCCUUUGGUUUCCUGGACCUGCUCAAAGGGGUGGCUGACAUGCUAGAAAGGGAGUGCACGCUGCUGCCUGACACAGCUCACCCCGAUGCUGCGUUCCAGCUGACUCACGCCGCCCAGCAACUCAAGCUGGCCAGUACUGGCACCUCUGAGUAUGCCGGGUAUGAUCACAACAUCACACCUUUGCAGACAGACUUCUCUGGGAGCAGUGCUGAAAGAAUGUGAAGCUGACAUCAUUCUUUUUUCAAGUGAAAAUAAUUUAGGGUAAAAACUUUUCUGGUCUGUUCACCUCUGCAGCAGCUACCCAAAGACCUUCCCAAGGCUGCCUCAGAAGCACCACUUACAGGUUUGACUCUGCUACUCUGAGAAGGGUUCUGCAGGGUGGGCAGCUGCUCGGGCUUUGACCUUAGCUUUCUGGAGCUCAGUCUUUAAAACCAAAAGACAACUGUUGCUCCCACAGCGGGCAUGUUUCCUGAGAAGCCUGAGACUGACAGGCGUAGAGCCCUCUCCACCUUCCUCGGGCACCCUAACAACCUGGGUUCUCUGUUCCUGAAAGGCCCUUCACUCUUCUCCUCUCCCAACCACAGGGACAUUUUCAGGUACCUAUGGUUGGGAGAGGAGACUUGCUAAGUACAAGCCCAACAUCACUAAGUUUCAGAAUUUCUACCUUAGAACUUGGGCAAAAGGUCAGUGGUAACCCUUAGGUGCUUUUGGUAUAUCUUGAGAUACAAACUUUUAAACAGCAACCAUAAAUGUAUAAAAUGAUUCUUGUUUCUUCAAUUUUUU